CAAACCUCCCAGAGCCCAGUCGCCUCGGCGGACUCCGAGGGGUGGUGCUACCAGCUCUGACACUUGCAGUCCUAACGCGAAGGGACUGGGGACCGACCGGCGUUGGGCCGAUCGGGCGCCACAGGUUGGAAAAAGAAGGAGCUGACCCCAUGACUGUCGCCCUGUGAAGCUGAUCCUGGGUCUUGGCUGCAGGCAAAGCGCAAGGAGUCGCGGGGCUCUGCAAUUUGCCCCCAGCCCUCUCGGCGCGGAAACUUCGCAGGCUGGCCCAGCAAGACCAUCACUAUGACCGAUGGGGACUAUGAUUAUCUGAUCAAACUCCUGGCCCUUGGAGACUCAGGGGUGGGGAAAACAACAUUUCUUUACAGAUACACAGAUAAUAAAUUCAAUCCGAAAUUCAUCACUACGGUAGGGAUAGACUUUCGAGAAAAACGUGUGGUUUAUAAUACUCAAGGACCAAAUGGAUCUUCAGGGAAAGCAUUUAAGGUGCAUCUUCAGCUUUGGGACACUGCAGGACAAGAACGGUUCCGGAGCCUCACCACUGCAUUUUUCAGAGAUGCCAUGGGCUUCUUAUUAAUAUUUGACCUCACCAGUCAACAGAGCUUCUUGAAUGUCAGAAACUGGAUGAGCCAACUGCAAGCAAAUGCUUAUUGUGAGAACCCAGAUAUAGUAUUAAUUGGCAACAAGGCAGACCUGCCAGACCAGAGGGAAGUCAAUGAACGGCAAGCCCGGGAUUUGGCUGACAAAUACGGCAUACCAUAUUUUGAAACAAGUGCAGCAACCGGACAGAAUGUGGAGAAAGCUGUAGAAACUCUUCUGGACUUAAUAAUGAAGCGAAUGGAACAAUGUGUGGAGAAGACACAAGUUUCUGACACUGUCAAUGGUGGGAAUUCUGGAAAGCUUGAUGGGGAGAAGCGAGCAGAGAAGAAAUGUGCCUGCUAGACUCUACAUAGGAACUGAUAAUCAAGAACCCUACCCAAAUAUUACUUUUAAACACAACAGCAGACCACAAAAUUGUUGUUGAGUAGACCAUGCACAAUGAUUUAUCUUUGUUUUUCUGCUAGAAAAUUUAUUUUAAGAAACCAGAAUAGUCAACAGUGUUCAAAAGAAUUGACCAGUUAUCCUUGAGGCCCCUCCAAACAAGAUCAAAGAUUUCCUAAGGUGAUCUCACCAUCAUGGAUGUUCCAUUUUUGUUUUCAAAGAAAGAAGAUGAGUACAUAAGAGAGUAAACAAGAGGAAAUAUCUGUGAGUUUUGCAGUAAGUUGGAACAAAAAUGACCUUGUCACAUUGGAGAAGAGGAUAGGCUACCAUAGGGAGAACAUAACUUUUUUUAAAAGGUUGGAUUUAUUUAUUUUCUAGAAUCUGAUUAUUACUUUCAGAUUUGCAUUUGGGAAAACAUAUUUGCUGAAAUUGGAAACAUAAUGAAGAAUUCUAUGAGAUUUAUUAAGAAUGACAUACCUGUGUACACCCAAUAACUGUACUAAGAAUGAUAGAAUUACUAAUAAGGUCGUGAGUGGGUGAAUGUCACACUUGCACUAAAAUGUAGUACAUUGUGUAAUAAUGUCAUUUUUAUAUUCUUAAUAAAUGGCAUAUAGACAAGAACAGGACUGUGACUGACAAAGUACAAGAGAAAUGCCCUGGAGGGAAAAAUGAAGUAUGGGAACAUGGCAUUUGGACAGCUGAAAUUAAAUGUAUCUGUUACAGAUGUCUAAAAGAGUUACUUAGCCAAAUUUCAUUCAAGCCAAUUAGAAGCUGACAUUCUGAGUUGGGGCUAAGAGACUCUCCAAGGGUUUCCAUUUCAAACAAAAUUUUAGAAAUCAAUUUGGGUGGUGUUAGCUUUGCAUUUCAUUUUUUUUUUUUUUUAGCAAAUGUUGAUAAGUGUCACAAAGAGAAAUUCACUGUUGCUGUUCACUGAAUAUCUCUUUUGAAAAUUCUGUCAAGAAAAAUUAUUUAGCCUCAUAAGUUGUUAAGAUGAAAAAUGCUAUUAAUAUGAAACAAAUAGCAACUAUUAAUUAUGAAUUUUAUUUUAUUUAUAAAUGUGCUAGAAACCCUAACACAUUUAUUCUCCCCAACCCAUACCCAUGCCUGGGUUUGAAUCAACCACAGAAAUACAGGCUUUUCACUUGGUAGAACAACAACUUGGUAACACAACAACAAUAAUGAUGGAUCAAUUCUAUGAUCACUCUGAUUUUUCAUGUCAUUAAUCAUAUAGAAUUAGUGAUACCUCAUUCUGUAUUACACUAUGUUUUCAUUUUACCUAAGCCUUUCAUUGAACUAUGUUUGGGUGGGGAGGGAAAAUAUCUUAUCUCAGCAAAAUUUUGAUCAAUUAUUUGAUCUUUCACAUAAAGCUACCUUUUCUUCUGAAAACCAUCACAUAUGCAUUUUCUAUUGGCCUUAUCUUACUGUUGUGUCUAAACUAAUAUGACAUUACUUUUUAUCUUAGUUUCUGAUACACACAAGCCAUACCAAUCAAAAUAUUAUUUAAACAUGUCAGUUUUAUCAAUAACAAAGGCAACAUAGUUCAAGUUAACUCUUUUUUAAUGAAUAUGUUAUUUUUGAUGUGGCAGUUCUUUUCCUAUAAAGUUUUUGCAAAGUUAAUUUUUCUGUACUCAGUGCAUAUUUUUUAACUUAUAAAAAUGGGAAACCCUAAAAUUACAGUCCCCUCUUCAACCUCUCCCUAUAAUCUCCUUCUACCAUUGAAUCAGUUUCAGAAACACAGACAAAUCCAAAGGAGUAUCUGUUUAUAAUUCUUAGGAUGGAAUAGAUCCAGAAAUGUGUCAAGCAUCAGAACAAUUUGGAAGCUUUUAUGGGAUUAGUACCCAGCAAAAUUCUCAGUUAACUGCCCAGCUCCUCUGAUUUUUGUAACAAUGUGCCAGCUUCGCAGAUCAGUGGUGGCUGGGUAUUCCAGUGGUGUUUCCUUAGGUAUGCUCUUGUGACCUCAAUGCCUGUGACAGGAAGACAGGAUGUUAUUAACUAACAUUUAUGUUGUUUCAUCUUAGAGCAAAUAGAAAAAUAUAACCAUUUCUGGGCAAAAUUUGGUGAACUUUUGUGGACAUUCUUUCAAAUUCUUCGUUGGGCUCAGAUUGUGAUGUCCCUAGCAUUUCCAUAAUAAGGAAUGCUCAGGCUUUUAUAAAGCCCUCAAGGUAUUCUAUUUUGACAUGUCUUUUGCUUCUAUUUAUUUUCCAGCUAUAUGAUUGAUUUACUUAUGCCAAGAAUCUGUCAUUGUCAGUUAUUUAAUGAAUAUUUUUUCAGGGUUUACUUUAAAAUUGUUAGUUGAUAGCUGUAGCACAAAGCAGAGAAUGCCCAUGAUUAUGGAACUCUGCCUAUAAAAAUAAGUUAUUGGGUAAAAAGAGAAGAGAUUUAAGAUAUCAUUCUAUUUAUAAAUAAAUGCUUGAUCUAAAAUGUAUUUUCCCUGUAAAAUUUGACAUCUGACCCAAAAUUACAUUUAACCAUUAUUAAAAAUUCCUUCUUUCAUUAUUUCAGGAUUCAUAGUUCUAUGUAAUUUGUUUUACAAUGAAAAUGUAUCUGGUGCCAUUUGUAUACUGACUGCUUUAAGGGAUUCCAUAUUCCCUCCGUCUCACAAAUGCAUGCAUUUUUAGUCAAGCUGUGUCCUGUUGCUGAUCAUCUCUCCAAUACUAGAGUAGAUCAUCUUGUAGGAAAUAUUUAAAAUGUAUGUGACACUCCUUUCUGUUAUAGGAACCAUUUCUAGAGUGUUUACACAGAUUUGAUGUUUACAUUGCUCUAACUCAGUGCCUCAGAUACCUCUGUGACCAAAUCUGUUUCCAACCAUAUAGCUCAUUUCCUCUGAUUGUAUAUUAUAGGAAGGACUCAUAGAGACAUCAACACAGCUUAAGGUCUUAUAAAAUCUUCAGAAAAGGAUGCAAGGAUUUUAUUGGAAUCUAGAGGUUAUGACCAUCUUUUCUUGAUCCCCUAACUAAUGGAGUGGGCAUUAUUGCAGAAUUUUAACUAUGAUUAGUUACAAAGUUAACUUUUAAUGUAAAAAUGUGUCAAAAAUAGUCCAGAGAAUAUAAUGCUUGUCUUGGUCUGAUGAUGGUAACAAGUCAUGGAUUUUCAGAGAAAAUUCUGAAUGCUAGGAGUUGAGCUUGUCUUUCUGUAACCAUUUUAAAACUCAUGCCAGUUACACUCCAGCCAAUUUGCUGUCAUUUCCAUUUUAUCAUCUACUGCACUGCAAAAAAACCAAAA